AUGACUAUUGAUCCUGAGAGCUCGAAAGUCCAUUCGAAAGGAAGUCACAAAGCCGGAAAAUAUGCUGGCUAUGGUACUACACAUAAGAUCAGGGCUCAGUUGAACUUUAGUGAUGAAAAGAAAUGGAAAAAGUUUUCUGGCAGAAGACUAGAACUCAUCGAUUCCUUCGGGUUGAGUCAGCACAAAGCAAGUGAGCAAGACGACAAUAUAAAACAGAUAGCCACCAUUCUUAGAAAUGAGUUUGAAUAUCCCGACACCUUUUCAGCCGAAUUUGAAAAAUUGGUUACUGCUGCUGUUCAAUCAGUGAGAAGAAACAGAAAACGUUCCAAGAAGAAAUUAAUGGACUCGAAAAAAAAACUUGCUUCUGGGAAAGUUCAAAAAAUACCUUUGUCUCCUCCUAGUUCAAGCAAUAUGGGAUCUUCUUGUUCGGCUUCGAAUGUAUCAAGCUCUGACGAAGAAGCUUGUGUGAAAUUAGAAUCUACUACGCGCAUCCUACCUGCUCUUAAUACUAUAAAAUCAUCAAAUUUGUCGUCUCAUCCAAAUAGUUGCACUCUUCCGCCUGUAACAACUCACAUUCGCUCUUUACUCAAGAAAAACGCGUCUCUUCUUCACGAACCACCUACGUCAUAUGCAGGUAAUGUUGAUGAAGCAUUACGGAAACCUUACAUGGAGACUCAUAUCCUAGAAAGUGAUCAAGACUAUGAUUUUAUCGCUAAAUCAAUAAUCGUUGAUAUUGUGGGCAACUCUAUCCCACUAUCUGAACAAAUUCAAAGAGACAAAUUUAUUAGGCCCACUUUAACAGAAAAAACAGGGUGCCAAAGCAACGUUCUGAUAUCCAACAAUCUAAGAAAACUUAUCCUGUCGAAAAUACAAAACUCACGAACUUGCUUGGAAAUUUCCAAAGAUGAGAAUCGUUUGGAGUCUUAUACAAACGUAGAGACCCUGGGCAAAAGCUCUUUAAGUGCUUCCGUCUCCUUUGUAAUAGAAAGCGGCUUUUCACAUUUACCACCUUCCACAAAGCAAUACCUUACUGAAAGGCUAUCAUCAACAGAUUUUUCGACCAUAUUAUCGCAAAGACUAUUUAUGCCUGCUACUCGUCGCCUAUUCGCUGAUCUACCAGAGAAAAAAAUUCAAGUAAGAGUGCUGAAUCUUGUAUUGGGGUCUCUAGUUAAAGAUUAUGGAUUCGAUGCAUCCUUAGCGCCCAUCAACGAAAUUAUCUAUCAUAUGACACUUGAUCAAUAUCCUCUGGUUUGCAUUAAUAAACAGUCUAUUAUGACGAAACCAAACUCUACACCGGAAGCCUUGAGCGUGUACUCUUCAAAGAAACACACAAACGUCCCCAAUGAAAGAAAGUCUCGAGUGGCAAUUCCAAAAACGGUAGAUAUUAGUACAAACACCACACGUACUUCAAUUGAGGCGCCAAAUACCUAUGACGGUGACGGAUUGAUGAUGUUAAGCGCAAUUUCAUUACAAAUUGAAAAUUCUAAGGUUCUCAAACCACUAAGUGCUGUUUGA